AUGAGUAGCACUAUAAUCGUGAAUGAAGAUUUUGAUUUUACUGGUAUAUUUCCAAGAUGUAGAAAGGAAUAUAACAGUAUCACUAAUGAUGUUGACAGUACUAUUAAGAGAGUGUGUAGUGAUAUUAAAAAGGAAAAUAAUAUAUGGGAUGUGGUUUUUUAUAGUUCAUGUCUUAAUUUUGUUAAAUAUUUAAAUCUUAUAAAAGGUAAAUCAGAUAAAAUUGAUAUAACAGCAAGUUGCAAAUAUUUAAACUACAAACUAAAAGAAAAUUUGAAAGACAAAAAUCAUUUUAAUGAUGAAAGAGAAUACUACAAUAAAAUUAUUAGCUCUUGUAACAAAAAUAGCAUAGAUGGAUUUGAUAAAUGUGAGAACAAUAUUGUAAGACUAGAUGAAGCAACAUAUAAAAUAUUAAAUGAUAUGAAUGAGCUAUAUAUUUAUAUAGAUAGCAUUAAACAACAUAGAGGUGAAUCUACUCUUGCUGUUGCACUUUUAAAUAUAUAUAAGUCCCUCUCAGAAAUAUGUAAAAAUAAUAAUAAUAUAUCAUUUCAGAAAAUGCUUGAAAUUUUUGAGGCAGAAAAUACUGAAUAUUUGAAUGGCAUACCAGCUUGUACUAAAAUUACUAAAAUUUUAUAUUCUUCCAAUAAAAGAAGAAUAAAAACUUUUAUUUUGUCUACACUUAUUGCAACAUCUUUAAUAUUGAUAAUAACAUUCAUUAUUUAUAAGUGUCCUAUAAAUAAACAUAACCUAAUGAAACUUAAUUAUCAGUAUACCUCUUGUUUUUCGUAUUUACAACAAAGGACAAGGAAGAUAAUAAAUAUAUGGAAUAAAAAAUAUAAAGAGCAUACCAAUGUUAUGAAUAUACAUGAAGGGGAAUAUAAAAAUGAUGCAGAUGAAAUAUAUUGUAUAUCAUAUAGUUCCUUAGACUACGGAUAA